AUGACCCCCAAGCAAGAACGCAUCAGCACCGUCGCAGAUCGAAUAUAUGAAGAAAUCCUGCCAAACAGGCACAUUCUCGGACUGCUUUACCCGUUACAGUCUCCAAGACAGUGGUUUCUCAUUCCCGUACCCUUCCAUAAAGAUGUCUCCGAGCCUCGAUCAAUCGACGACUAUGAUUUUACAUCCGCUAACCGCUAUGCCAUUUUCUUCAAAAGUGACCCAGAUCAUUUCGGUCAAAACGACUUGAUCCGAAACUUAUUCGAUGCCAGAUGGUAUGGGCCCGUUCUCGUAUUGAAAUUAGAUGGCAGCAGGACAAGACUCAGCGAUGUCAUGCCAACGGAAGUAGAAGACAUUGAUAUGAUGAUUCACAGGUUCUCGCCUCCAACAGGCAUGAAAAACGCUUCAGAGUCAACAUGUUCGACUAAACUGGAAAAAUUACUGAAGGGCUUCACCAAGUCUGUCGGAAAGGAUCUUAGCGACUUCAAAUGUGUCAACCCCAACUGGACCCCCGCAAUGUAUGAAAUGGAGGACAACGAUAUUAUAGAUGCCAUGCUAGAAUGUUUGUUGCCUCUUCGUCCCCAUAAACUCUUACUUACCACAAAUUCCCAUCAUAGAAGUGGGGGGGUGCCUCCUAUUCUAACUGUAGUACAUGCCACUAUGUAAAAACCUAUGUACUUAACAUACGAACCAAGAAUCACCAAACAUCUGAUACUCAUCAACGUCAUAAACAUGAUUCGCAAUCCCUC